GAAUUAGCUUCGCCCCACUCUUGCAGCAACAGAAGAAGAAGAGUCUCCAUUUGUCAUCACCCGCAGAAGCCAUCGACGGCCUGGGUAACAAUCCCCUGCAGUAUCAAUACUGAAAUCGAGGAAUAAGCAAGCGAGAUAAGAUACUGACUUACAAUGUGGAAUGGACCGGGGCCAGGGCAAGGACCACGGGGAGGACCACCCUUUCGUGGUGAUCAUCGUGGAGAAAUGUUUGGCGGCAGAGAUCGUCCCAUGCCUGAUUAUCGAGGUAGAGAUGGGAUGAACAUGGGUCCCAUGGGUCCUAUGGGUCAUAUGGGCCAAAGACCCCAAGAUCUGCCACCUAUGGACAUGAGGAGGAUGGAUGGACCACCCAUGAGGGGGCGUGAUAUGGACCCAUGUGAUAUGCGAGGUAGAGAGCCAAACAGAGAUUUUUUUGGACCUGGAGAAGAUACAGACUUCAGUCUUAGAAGGCAGUAUGAAACUGCCAUCAGACAGAAACUGAUUAAUUCUUCUGGUUUCCCGGGACCAGGCAGGAAUUCAGUAGAUAUGGGAGGGAGGGGCAUGCCACCACUGGAACCAAGCAGCAGAUUUAUGAACAUGAGAGACAGAGAGUCAUUUCGUUACGACAUGCCACAGUUCAACAAUCCCAAUACUGAUGGAAGGAGAGGGGGGUUCCCCUUGAACAGAAUGGAACAAAAUGAUGGAUUUAGGGACAUGCGGAACAGACCCCCAAUGGGCAUUGGUGACACUAAUCGCUGUGAUAUGGACUUACCUCCACGUGAAAGGAGAAUGAUGGACACUGACAGAAGAGGAGGACCCCCUUUCAAUCCAAGAGGAGGAUUUGAUUCCGAUACAGAUUUCAGAAAUCGUCUUGGACCGCCUACUGAAUUCAGAGCUAGGGAUCGAUCUCCAUUAAGGUUUGGAAACAGUGAUGUCUCUUCAGUGGACAGGGCAAGAUCGGACAUAACUCCAGAUGUUGCUGGCCCUCGGAGAUCAGAGUUUAUGGGUGCAGAAGACACACGCAGAGAAAGAGAUUAUCCAGAUUCAAGUGGCAGUCCCCUUAUGGAUUAUCGAAGUGGUGAAGAGAUGACUCUUGCAGAGGAGUGGAAGAACCGUCAAAAGGACAAGAACCCUUUCUUGAACAUGGGUAAAAGUAUGGGCGGUGUACCUGAACCCAACUUCCCUGUAGGUUUUGGCAGAGACAUGAAUGUUAGAGAUCCACCACCAUUUCAGGAAAGGAAUAGGCAAUCUGUGGAAUUCCCAGGUAAAGAUGUUGGCUUUCCUCGUGGUGACAACUUUCCUACUAUGGAGCUACCAUCAAUUGGCAGCAAAGUUCCACAAGACUGUCCCCUCCCAGAAAUAAGACCCCUUACUGGCCCUCUUGGGAGAGAAAAUGAGAACAAACUUUGGCUCGGAGAAAGGGACUCAAAGCCUAAUCAGAAUAAACCAAAUCCUGAUGAAAGACCUCCUUACCACAAAGAGAAGCUUCAGCCCCCACAUGAGAUUCAGGUGCAAAGUGAUUGUUUUAAAGGGUUGAAAGACCUCCCACACAAUCAAGGCCCUGCCAGAGGUAAGAUGGGGGUUGAACGCGAUUACCAAAGCAGCAGCACUGUACAACCGAAAGACCAAGACUACAGGGACAUAGAUUACAGAACAGGAUCUGGGAGGGCUUUCGAUUACAAAAGUGAGGCACUUGAAGCACCAGAGAAGCUCCUCAAAGAGUCUAAACCAAUCACACCUUCAAAAUUUAGUGAGUCAGGUUCUCAGGAUCAAGAUUACAGGAGUGCAUCAGUGGAGGACAAAGUUUCCAACACAAUAUCCAUAACUGGUAUUCCAAAGACUGCCACAAUGGAGCAGAUUCUUGGUGCCUUUGUAGAUCGUGAUGGUGUGGCAAUGCAGGGGAUGAAAAUCAAAAACGUUGUGCCCGGUUACAGCUACGAUACGGCCUAUGUGGAGUUUUUAAACCUCGAGGAUGCAGUCCACUUCAUGGAGUCCAACAAGGGGUCGCUAAAGGUUGGCACUAGAACAACAUCUAUGAAGUACAUCCAGCCAGACGACUAUGAAAGAAGUGUUCAUGACUCAGAUCACAAAGUACCACAACUUCAGGAGCCCCAGUUGCCCAGACCUGGUGAACCUUUGGAAGAAUCGAAGACCAGCCUGAAUGGGUCAGAAUCCAAAGGCUCUACAGAGCCGUUGUCCCAAAGCCAAUGGCAGCGUAGUUCUGACCUGACUCCAGAGGCCUGGCAGCAGCAGGUGGAUGAGCAGCGCCAACAGCAAGAAACCGAGCAGCAGACAGAGUCUUGGGGCAGCCGCAUCCAUCCUCAUCACAGUUCACAGCAAUCUGACUCCGUCUUCAAAGACAGCAAAACCAUGAUAAUAAAAAAUGUGAAGCCCACCACCACAGUAGAGACUAUCCUGAAAGCCUUGGACCCCUUUGCAUAUCUGGAUGAAAGAAAUGUUCGUCUAGUCAAGGCCAAACAACCAGGAGCCAAGUGCUUCUGCUUUGUUGACAUGGACUCCCAUGAGCAAGUGACCCGUCUAGUUGAGCUCCUCACUAAACCCAGACCCCUUUAUAUUGAUGGAGUCAGAGUUUAUGCCGAGGUGGCAAAACCGCUCAAGAACCAAAAUUUCAGGAGAGACAUUGACAAAUCAAAUAGUUCCAUCCUUGGGUAUCCACCUGAGGCCACUGUAAUAGGGCCCCAGCAGUACCCACAGCCUCCACAAUACUUGCAACCUCUGCCACCACCCACUGGUGCCCCUGCUGGGGUUCAAGGUGACUUAAUGACUGGCAGCACUAAUCCUGCUCUUCCAACAGACCUAAGUAUUGGACAGGGAGUUGGCUAUGGUGAAACUCCAGCUGUGGAUUCCUCGUUCAAGGCUGGUGGACCCCAAGUGCCAACAGAAUCAGCUGGGAUGACAGUUGGCUCAGACGGAUCGCAGACCUACCUUUUUGGCUCUGAGGUUCCAGACAUGACCAACUACUUGUAUGAUGCCACAUCUGGCUUCUACUAUGAUCCUGAGACAACGUUGUACUACGACCCAAGCUCAAGGUAUUUCUACAAUGCUCAAACCCAGGAGUACCUGUACUGGGAUCCCACUUCAAAGACCUACAUCCCAGUUCCAGGAGGGAACUCUGCUGAGACCCAAGCUGGGACCAUGACUGCUGAAGACCAGGCCAUUCUUGCCAACCCAGCGGCUGAUGCUCCUUUGGAAAUGAAAAAGCCAUCGUCGGUGCCUCCCCUCACCACAACAUCUCCAGCCCCAGCUCCUGUUUCUGCGGCCAGCUCUGCUCCAGAGUCUGCCCUGACUUCUACAGCAGCUCUCGAGAAGAAAGAUGACGACGACUCCGCUAAAAAAGACAAAGAGGAGAAGCCGAAAAGUCUUGCUGCUGUCAAGAUCAUGAAAGAUAUGGAGCGCUGGGCAAAGAUCCAGAAUCGUCAAAAGGAAAGUGUUCGCGCUGCAUCACCAGUGCUGAGGGGUGGAAUGGAUGACGACAAGAGGCAAUCAAAGUCAGCUGAUGCUGGCUUCACUAUCUUUGAGAGGAAGAUCUCAGGUGCAGAUGAUCUUUUUAAGAAGCCCCUUGCGCCUCCUAAGAAAGAUGAAAAGUCAAAGCGUCCAAUGGGCUCCUUGGGUCUGCUUGCAUCAGACUAUGCAGCCGGAAGUGAUGAAGAGGUGGAAGAAGAUAAGGAGGAGGCAACUAAAAGUAGUCAGGUCAGCCAGUCUCAAGACAAGGACAGCAAGCUGACAGACUGGAAGAAGAUGGCCUGCCUGCUGUGUAGGAGACAGUUUCCCAACAAGGACGCUCUGAUCCGCCACCAGCAGCUUUCCGACCUGCACAAACAAAAUAUGGAGAUCCACCUUAAGAUCAAGAGGUCAAAGAAGGAGCUUGAGGCACUGGAGAACCAGGAAAAAGAACUAAAUGCCAGGGAACCUUCCAAAUCACCAGAACAGAAAAGGAGAAAACACCAUCACCAACAGCCACAGCAUCAUAAUACCUGGGCUGGGAGCUCCAGGGAGUCAAAUAAAGUCAGUGAUAGACCUGGUUUAGGAUCUGAACCUGUCCCGCAGAGGAAAAAGAAAGAGCCUGUAGUUUGGGACCACGCCACCUACAAACAAGCAGUACGAAAAGCCAUGUUUGCACGGUUCAAGGAACUUGAAUGAUCUCAUCUGAACACAUCCUCUUCUUUGAUAUGUGAAUUGUUAAUAUGAUGUACUUGGCCACCUUGGCAUUAAACUCCCAUUGACUGUCUUUACUGUUUAUCUGCCUUGGAUGUAAUGUAAUUGUAAAGCCACAGUUUUCUACACUUGAAGUGAUAUGAUAUAAAUUGCAUUUCAAGGCUACAGCUGAGAAGUUAAAAGAAUUAUUUGACGUCCUCAGCAAUGAAUGUUGUAUAGAACUUGUUUAGAUUCAAAUAUUUUGCCCAUGUUUUAUGUGUGGCCUGUAAGUAGAAUUUGUGAAAUGCGUCCAGGUCUUUUUUCUCUUUUAUUUCUCUUUUUUUUCUUGUUUUUUUUUUCUUUUUUUUUUUAAUAAUACUGUCACACUGGCCGCGUUUACAUUUGUUUUAAAACUCAAUUUUUUACAUUUUCAUGGGUCGAAAUUGCUAUAAUAUGUAAACAUUUUGAAGUAAAAAAAGAUAUGGACUAACCAUUCUGCCUCAAAAA